UGGCGCCGCGCCUCUCACAGCUCAGCCAGUCUCCGGUCUGUAUUCUAAUAGGCCAUAUCUUUAUCAGGGAAAUGUCGCUUCUCUGAACUUAAAACUUCUCAAGGAGGGUCCCCAGACUCAGAGGCAGAGAAGGGGUCUGAGCUGAGGCGUGGGGAGCCGCCUUUCUCAGGACAGACAGAAAGGGAAGGGGCGCUGGUAAGGCCUCCCACCUGGCCCAGGAGCACCUGACUUCCGAGCAGCUGACGUAGGUGCCAGGUCCUGGGGCCAGGGCUGGGCCGGAUGUCUUAGGUAGGAGGGCAAUCUGGUGCUCCGCCGCUUUUGACCCUCCAAACCUGCCAUGGGCUUCGGGGUCAGAGCUCGGGGUCUCUGGCUUUAGGGGCCUGGAUUUGGGCUUCUCAUCUUCCCUCACCCCGACCCGAGGAUCAUGGAGUCCAACCUGCAGGGGACAUUCCUGCUGAACAACACGCCGCUGGCCCAGUUCUCGGAGAUGAAGGCCCCCGUGUGCCAGUACUCGGUGCAGAACUCCUUCUACAAGCUCAGCCCUCCGGGGCUGGGCCCCCAGCUGGCUGCCGGGACCCCUCACGGGAUCACAGACAUCCUGAGCAGACCUGUGGCCACACCAAACAGCAGCCUUCUCUCCAGUUACCCUCACGUGGCAGGCUUUGGUGGACUCGGCUCCCAGGGGGUCUACUAUGGACCCCAGGUGGGGAAUUUUCCCAAGGCUGGCAAUGAGUACCCCACCCGGACCCGGAACUGCUGGGCGGACACAGGCCAGGACUGGCGAGGCGGGCGGCAGUGCGGCAACACCACAGACCCCCUGAGCGACAGCAUCCACAAGAAAAAGCACACCCGGCCCACCUUCACUGGACACCAGAUCUUUGCCCUGGAAAAGACCUUUGAACAGACCAAGUACUUGGCCGGCCCUGAGAGAGCACGGCUGGCAUACUCGCUGGGAAUGACCGAGUCGCAGGUCAAGGUGUGGUUCCAGAACCGACGGACCAAGUGGCGGAAGAAGAGCGCGCUGGAGCCCUCGUCCUCCACGCCUCGGGCCCCGGGCGGCGCGGGCGCGGGCGGGGAGCGCGCGGCCUCGGAGAACGAGGACGACGAGUACAACAAGCCGCUGGACCCUGACUCGGACGACGAGAAGAUCCGGCUGCUGCUGCGCAAGCACCGCGCGGCCUUCUCGGUGCUCAGCCUGGGCGCGCACAGCGUCUGA